UCGUUUUUACAUGAUCACUAGGGAAUAGGGAUGAUGUAAAUCAUGUAAACAAUGGUAACCACUGCAAAAGCCACUAGAUUCCAUGAUCUAAGAACUCAAUGUUAUGACGGUAUUGAGACAGCUACUACAAACUAAAAAGAUGGGAAGAUUCUUGUGGUUCUUGCGUCGGUCACGUUACACGGAAAGAAGAGAAAAAGAGAGAGAGAAAGAGAGAGCCUUAAGUCUUUGUCAUCAAUGAAGUUUGGUUUUUUUUUUUUUUUUUUUUGAUAAAAAUUUGGUCCCCCACUUUGGUAUAAAUUCCAGAACGUACCCAGAGAUAACAGAACGUCAGAACCAAUAAAAGAAAAAGUUAAUUAGGCUAAAAGUGGUCACAGGAUUCUUCAGGCGGGUUUGGUUCUUUUUUUUUCAAACUGCAACUGGCUCUUACCCGUUAAGUUCAUCUCCCUAUUAAACACAACGACCUAACAAUAUUACAGCAGACUCAGUAAGCUCUAGAUACAUCAUCCCUUCAUUCUAUACAUCUCUUCAUUUUUAUACAUCUCUUCAUAGUCGGCCUCUAGCCUAAGAAACCCGGUUUUAUCAAAGACGCACCAAACCUUUUCCAAAAUCCUGUAUCGUUCGGAAUGAUGAAAUGGGGAAGGAAAAAACCUGUUUCUUCUUCUUCCGGUUUGUCUCGUGCUCUUCCUGGUUCUUGGUUUUCAAAGUUAAGCGGUUCUUCUGACUUGAAACCUGCAAAAGAAAAGAAGCAAGAUGAUGAAGCUAGCCAUACCAUGUCUACAAAAUCUUCCUUGAAUUCUACAAAAUCUUCCUUGAGUUCUACUAAAGCUAGCCAUACCAUGUCUACAAAAUCUUCCUUGAGUUCUACUACACAUCGAAAUGAUAUUAGUGAGAGCAGAAAAAACUUUCAGAGAAUACAAGUAGAAAAGCAGAACGCUGCAGCAAGAUCAGCAGAUAGGGAGUCAAAUGAGAAGUUUGAAGAGAUAAUGAGCAGUGUAAGGAAGAAAGUAAGAGACUUCCAAAGAGAGACGUGUGGCUUUCUGGAAGUAGAGGCAAUGGAUAGAGACAAAGGAAAUGUGAUUAUGACGCCAAGAAUUCAGGUGAACAGAGAUAAGCAGAGAUGUGAGAGACGUGAUCAAAGGCUUCUCGAACAAAAGCCAAAGAGAUCAGAACAAGAUGUAGAGGUGAAGGCAAAAAAAACAUCGAGAAGGACAGGUACAGGAAGUUACGGUAAAGAGGAUUCUGUGAUUCUUGGUCAUACCGUAACAAAAUCAACUAAUCAGUGGGAAAAACUCAAGGAAGUAAAACUAAGAGAAGUGAAGCUGAAGGCCGACCAACAGAGAAAGUCGAUGUACCUCAAAAGGGAGCUAAACAGAUUAGGAACAAAAGAAAACAACAAGGUUAGAGUAUUUUCACCACGAGCAUCUGAAAAAUGCAGAGUUAAAGCUAUUGAAGACUUGAAGAAGGCUAAACUGAGAGCACGAGAGCAAGAGCUUCUGAUAGAAACAACAGAUGGAGGAACGGAGAACGAAAGCUUUGCAGUAGUGAAAUGCUCGAGCGAUCCUCAAAAAGAUUUUAGAGAUUCGAUGAUCGAGAUGAUCAUGGAGAAUGGUAUCAACCACCCUGAAGAACUCAAAGAGCUUCUGGUUUGUUAUCUCAGACUCAAUACCAAUGAAUAUCAUGAUAUGAUCAUCAGUGUGUUUCAGCAGGUGCAUAAUGAUAUGAAUUUUUAAUUUUGGUGUAGAAUAGUGCUAUAAAGAUGUGUGCAUGAUUCAUCAUUAUGAUCUGUUAAUAGGUUAAGCUUUCUAGGAUGCAACUCCCCUAACUUCAUGCUUCUUGGUUACCAUUAAAACUGAUAGUAAUUCUAUUUAAUUGACAG